CAAGAUUCCACGCCGACUUCGUCGCUUACGACCUCCUGAGCCGUCUUAUCUGCUGUAUUGUUCCGCUUCUUGUCGUUCAUUUCCAUCAAAAUGCGUUAAUUGAUCUGUUUGUUUUUCUAUCCCACCUUAUUUGCUUCUUUCUCAAAGCUUUGUUUGCCUCGGCUUCGUGUCCGGCUCAGAGGGCGCACGACUAUAUCUCGCCUUGAUACCCCCGGAUCCCUCGAUCCCCCGGCACCCCUGCUUGGGGUGCCUCUCGCGCCUGCGGACCAUCGAUUCAAGGGACCUCGCUCGACGUGGAUGAGUGGAUCGCCACAAUGGCUCACCAGUUUCAUAUCACAGGCGCAAGCCACACCCUCCUCGACCCGUGGUCUCACGGAGUUGGUGUCAUGAGAGACGUUCUCGCCCGAUGGUCUGAGCUCGACAUCACCCACAUCGGCUCUCUCAUCGCCAUCGCCGGUACAGUCCCGACCGCUUGGCGGUUUCUGCAUCAAGCCUGGCGCGAGGCCUACGGCUGCAUCAAACGCUUCUUCCUCGCUUCCGUGACCAUCCCCGGCGGCGACCCAGUCAACCGGAGCGUCGUGAAAUGGGUCCUCGCGCACCGGCCCCAGCACUACCGGUCCUUCACGGGGCGCACCGAGGUCGGACGCGCCAGCCCAGACCGCGCCGCCGCGCUGAAAAAGACCCGUCACACGAUCCAGUACAGCCCGCACUGGCACUCGAAGUGGCUCUGGUUCGGCGGCAGCCUGCUGGUCGUCACCCGCGCCGUCGGGGACUUCACUUCCGCCCUGUCGGACCCCAGCUACGACGGCAUCGGCGGCGAAGACUUGACCGUCAGCUGCUUCGGGUGGUCUGUGGAACCCGUGCAGGCCUUCAUCGAGACCUGUCGCGAGUAUGCCGACAGGCAGACGCAGUACUUCGUCAUCAUCUACUCCCGCGACCGCUAUGGUAUGUCGUGGAAGCCAAAGGCCCGCAAGCCCCUCCGCCACCUCGACACCGUCCACUUUGAUCACGCCGUCAAGCAGGAGCUGCUCGCCGACAUUAGGAACUACCUGGACCCCAAGACUCAGAUGCGUUACCAAAGCCGCAGCAUGCCGUACCGCAGGGGCUACCUCUUCUACGGACCGCCGGGGACCGGCAAGUCCUCUCUGUCUGUGGCCAUCGCCGGCGAGUUCGGGCUAGAUAUGUACGAAGUCAAGAUCCCCAGCGUUGCGACGGACGCGGACCUCGAGCAGAUGUUUCAAGAGAUCCCGCCGCGGUGCGUGGUCUUGCUCGAGGACAUCGACGCCGUCUGGGUGGAACGCUCCAACAACCAAGACAGGAAUGGCAACGGCAACGGCAGCGGCAGAGCGAAUUCGCCGGAAGGUAGCAGCGUGCCCAACUGCACGCUCUCCGGCCUGUUGAAUGUCCUGGACGGCGUAGGGUCUCAGGAGGGCCGCAUCGUCAUCAUGACUACGAACCGGCCCGAGCAGCUUGACAGUGCCUUGGUCCGCCCGGGCCGCGUCGACAUGAAGGUCCUCCUCGGCAACAUCAGCCGGCGGUCGGCGGAGGAGAUGUUCGUGCGCAUGUUCUCGCCUGACCUGGGGUGCACGUCGCAUCUCGACAUGAACGAGAUCAGGAGCCUCGCGGCGCAAUUCUCUAGCAAGAUACCCGAGGAUACGUUCACGCCUUCGCAGCUGCAGGGCUUUUUCCAGGUGCACCUGGAAAGCCCCCAGGAUGCGGUGGAAACGAUUGGGGCUUGGACGACGAAAGAGCUUGCAAAGACCCACUACAAGGAAUUUGAAUUCAUAAAUGCCAACGUAAAGACAUAGUUGUAUUAUAUCUCGUGUAUCAUUAUCUGUAUCUCAUAUGUAUCUCUAGAUCCGGUAGACUUAGUUCUUAGUUUUCUGUCAUGUUUGGGCUGUGGGUAAGUCCACCCGGUAGAAAGGUCAUCAUCUCUAGUUGUAUCAGGGGAUAAGGAUGAGGAUGGCUAAGUUGUAGGAACAGGAACCUGCUAGUAAAAAAGGUUUCGUAUUUACCGCAUACUAUGACCGUCAAGCUCGCCUCGGGAUACAUGAGUGCAUGAUUGUAUAUCCGACCUGCCCCAUCCAGUGCGUGUCGAUCACUCUCCUCCAUGCUUUCAACAUCUGGCGUCG